UUACAGAUUCAUUGUACAUUGAUCCCGAAGUUUUACUGAGACAUUACAGGAAAUAUUGUUCAUGUUGUAGAAAACAAAUGCGACUUGUAUUAAAGGUGGGGAGUCGCAAUUUUACAUUUUAAUGAAUUUGAAGGUAACACAAUAUUUUUUAUAAGCACGAAAAUUCAACUUCCGGUAUAAACAAACAAACCAUUCAGCUGAUCAGCCAGCCAGAGCCUUAGGCGUUCUUCAUUUUUUUCAGGUAACAGAUGGGACGCACAAAGACAAACAGUGGGGGAGGGGGAACCAGCCAAAGUCCUUCAACAUCCGACAACUCCACUAGCACAGCUGUAGCCGAAACACGGAUCAAAGACCUACUGAAAGAGCUGUAUGGUCUUAUACACCAGAUCCAGGAUGAAAGAGCCCAGGGAGAGCACAACCUAACAAACAUCUCCAAGACGCACGAGAGAAUGCAACAGGAACAAAAAAGUAAGAAUGAAAUUACACCUUACUACAAAAACAAACUAAAGGGUCUAUAUAAGACGGCCAUGCAGGACGCCGAGCUGGAGGCAGAGUUGCUAAGGAAAGCUCUUGACAAAAUUACAGAGGUGAAAAGUAUCAGAGAAAAUAGAAGAUUAGAUUCUGACCGCCCCAAGCCAAUCAUGAGGCGAGGUGUAUUGAUGUCGAUGUUACAGCAGAAUGCUCAGACUCUGCCAUUGUGGGUCAGCAAACCGGGGGAAAGGCCCCCACCACUGUGUGGUGCCAUGUCAGCUGACAAUAAUUAUGUGGCCAAGCCCGGUGACAAGGUGGCAGCACGUGUUAAGUCUGACGACGAAGAGAACUGGAUCCUUGCGGAAGUUGUCAAUUUUAAUCCCGGCUCCAAUAAGUAUGACGUGGACGACAUUGAUGCAGAUGAGGGCAAGGAGAGACACACCCUGAGCAAGAGGAGAAUUGUUCCUCUGCCCAUCUGGAAGGCAAAUCCAGAAACAGAUCCAGAUGCACUGUUUACUAAAGACACUCUUGUGUUGGCCCUGUACCCCCAGACUACAUGCUUUUACAGAGCGUUAAUCCAUGAACCACCAAGAAAGCCUCAGGACGAUUAUUCUGUGCUUUUCGAGGACACCUCCUACCCCGACGGUUACUCCCCACCUCUCCUGGUAGCACAGAGAUAUGUCAUCUGCUGCAAGGAGGACAAGAAAAAGUGAAGUGUUGUUCUGGGACGUUGGUUGUGGAAUUUGAGGCGACACGUUGGGUCCGUCUCUCUCUGUUGGCGGAGCUUGAUCAUGAGUUACGCCUCCCCAUGUCAGCUUCUGUAUUAACUUGCGUUGACGUUCAGAAAACUCAGCUACUUUGUUUAAAGUGCACAAGUAGUUUGUCUCUGUAUGACAAAAUGUACACAUCAUAUCAAGCUUAUCAAUAUGAUUUUGUAUUAAACCAAUUGGUAUUGUACAUUUUGUGUCGAAAUAAAUCUUGAAAAGGA